CCAGCACCGUUCUUUGUCAUUUUCGUAGACGCUGUCCAGCCUGCCCAGCACUAGCAGGCCACAAUGCCGCUUAUUCCAUAAGUGUACCCGCCGAUCCCGUAUAUAUUGUAAAUCCUAGCAUACAUAUACAUAUAUAACUUCUUUGGCCGCCCUCACCCCGACUCCCCUCUGCCCUCCGGCGCAUUUCGCCAUGGCCCCGACAUAUAUCCAAGUCCCUCAAAGGGAAGAAUUACGGACUUCCCUCGACGUGCCUGUUAGAUGGGCCACCACAACUCUACGAGUUGGGGGUAUGACCUGCGGCGCAUGUACUUCGUCCGUUGAAGCUGGCUUCAAGGGAGUUCAAGGCGUCGGCAAUGUGUCUGUCAGCUUGGUUAUGGAGCGCGCCGUAGUCAUGCACGACCCCCAACGAAUAUCCGCCGAUCAGGUUAAAGACAUCAUCGAGGACCGCGGGUUCGAAGCCGAAGUACUUUCCACAGAUAUACCUUCGCCCAUGGCGACACCGAAACACCCCCCUGCACACCAUGAAGAAGAUGACGGUUCUUUAACCACCGUCACUACCGUUGCGGUCGAAGGUAUGACAUGUGGAGCUUGCACGUCUGCUGUAGAAGGGGGCUUCGCCGAUGUUAGCGGAGUCAAGCAUUUCAGCAUCUCGUUAUUGUCUGAGCGAGCGGUUAUAGAGCAUGAUGCCGCGCUGUUACCCGUUGAUAAGAUUAUCGAGAUUAUUGAAGAUCGAGGGUUUGGUGCUACGUUGGUUGAUAGCGAGGAGACGAAACCUAGGAAAGAGGUUGUAUCAGACUUCGGCGAAGCUAAAUCUCCUUUCGCCACAACCACGGUUGCCAUUGAGGGAAUGACUUGUGGCGCCUGUACUUCCGCCGUGGAGGGUGGAUUUACUGGCCUCGAUGGCAUUCUACGAUUCAAUAUCAGCUUAUUAGCCGAGAGAGCUGUUAUAACACACGACCCAGCAAAGGUACCAUCAGAUAAAAUCGCUGAGAUUAUUGAAGAUAGGGGAUUUGAUGCCAGGAUACUCUCAACUGUGCUAGACAGUUCCGACCCAACCACGUCAUCUUCCGCCCAAUUCAAGAUUUACGGGAAUCCAGACGCUGCUGCUGCUAAGGGCAUUGAAAACGCCCUUCUAGCUCUCCCUGGCGUAGGCUCAGCCAAACUUAGCCUUGCCACGUCAAGGCUUACCGUAUCUCAUCAACCUGGUAUCACUGGUCUGCGUACGAUUGUCGAAACGGUUGAAAGUCUAGGCUUCAACGCCUUGGUUGCGGACAACGAUGAUAAUGAUGCUCAGCUGGAGUCCUUGGCGAAGACGAGAGAGAUUCAAGAGUGGAAGAGAGCCUUCCAAGUCUCACUCACGUUCGCAUUACCCGUCUUCUUUAUCGGCAUGAUCUUUCCAAUGCUUUUACCUAUCCUGGAUUUUGGUGGUUUAGAACUUCUUCCCGGCCUUUUCCUCGGCGAUGUUAUCUGCUUGGUUUUGACGAUACCUGUUCAGUUUGGCAUUGGAAAGCGCUUUUACAAAUCAGCAUACAAGUCCGUGAAGCACGGGUCUCCAACUAUGGACGUUUUGGUUGUACUGGGCACAUCCGCUGCCUUCUUUUUCAGUUUAUUUGCUAUGCUUGUCUCAUUCCUGUUCCCGCCGCACUCUCGACCAAACACUAUCUUUGACACCAGCACAAUGUUGAUCACGUUCAUCACAUUGGGGCGAUUCUUGGAGAAUCGAGCAAAAGGACAAACGUCGACAGCUCUUUCGAGACUCAUGUCCCUGGCACCAUCUAUGGCCACUAUCUACACAGAUCCAAUUGCGGCCGCAAAGGCUGCCGAAGCCUGGGACUUACAACCUGCUUCGGGAGAGUCAAAGGGAAAUGCGCAUGAGGGCAGUGCGACUGAGGAGAAAAUAAUUCCUACUGAACUCAUCUCAGUGGGCGAUAUUGUUAUUAUACGGCCUGGGGACAAAAUCCCCGCUGAUGGGACCAUUGUGCAAGGCGAGACCUAUGUUGAUGAAAGCAUGGUCACUGGCGAGGCUAUUCCUGUACAGAAGAAGAAGGGCAGCAAUGUUAUUGGGGGCACAGUAAACGGUCAUGGACGCGUAGACUUUCGAGUUACGAGAGCUGGCCGAGACACACAGCUAAGCCAAAUCGUCAAGCUGGUUCAGGAUGCGCAGACGACUCGAGCACCAAUUCAACGACUUGCUGAUACUUUGGCCGGCAUUUUCGUACCCACUAUUCUUAUUCUGGGUGGCUUAACUUUUAUUACUUGGAUGAUUCUUAGUCACGUUCUGAAGGACCCGCCCAAGAUAUUCCUCGAGGAGACGAGCGGUGGUAAGUUCUUUGUGUGUGUCAAACUGUGCAUCUCCGUGAUAGUUUUUGCUUGUCCUUGUGCCUUAGGCCUGGCCACCCCCACGGCGGUCAUGGUUGGUACUGGAGUUGGCGCGGAAAACGGAAUACUUGUUAAAGGCGGCGCGGCCCUGGAGAUGAGUACCAAGAUUACACAAGUUGUCCUCGAUAAAACGGGCACCAUCACAUACGGCAAAAUGAGUGUAGCGGUUGCCAAACUACCUUCAGUUUGGCAAGGCGAUGGAUGGCGUCGACGACUCUGGUGGACUGUUGUGGGUCUGGCCGAGUCCAGCAGUGAGCAUCCUAUUGGCAAGGCCAUCCUUGGGGCAGCUCGCUCGGAGCUUGGACUUGAUCACGAAGGCACCAUCGAAGGCAGUAUCGGCGAUUUCAGCGCUGUUGUUGGACGCGGUAUCAGUGCGACGGUAGAGCCGGCAACAAGCGCCGAGCGUACACGCUAUCGCAUUUUGAUUGGAAGCGUCCGCUUCCUUAGUGAGAACAGCGUUGAUGUACCGGAGGCUGCCGUCGAGGACUCUGAAGAGAUUAACACAAAGGCGAACGCUUCUAACAAAUCUACCUCGUCUGCUGGAACCACCAACAUUUUCAUCGCUAUCGACGGUACUUACGCCGGUCACCUCUGCUUGGCGGAUACCAUCAAAGAAGGGGCAACUGUAGCAAUUGCUGCUCUGCAUCGUAUGGGAAUAAAGACAGCUAUUGUCACGGGCGACCAGCGAUCGACUGCUCUCGCAGUGGCGUCUCAAGUUGGCAUCGCGGCUGAUGACGUCUUUGCUGGUGUAUCUCCUGAUCAGAAGCAGGAAAUCAUUCUUCAGCUUAAGGACAAGGGAGAAUGCGUUGCUAUGGUCGGCGAUGGCAUCAACGACUCGCCUGCCUUGGCUACAGCUGACGUCGGCAUUGCGAUGGCAAGCGGAACUGAUGUCGCAAUGGAAGCGGCCGACGUUGUGUUAAUGCGCCCCAACCAAUUAAUGGAUGUCCCCGCGGCACUGUGCCUGGCACGAACCAUCUUCACUCGUAUCAAGCUCAAUCUUGCUUGGGCGUGCGUCUAUAACCUAAUUGGGUUACCUUUCGCUAUGGGCAUAUUCCUACCUCUUGGAUUCCAUCUCCACCCCAUGGCCGCCGGCGCCGCCAUGGCCACGAGCAGUGUUAGUGUUGUUGUCAGCUCCCUACUGCUGAAGUUCUGGAAACGACCUGGCUGGAUGGAUGAAGCCCUUCUGGCGGAGAAGGGCGGACUCAAGAAGCGUGGACGUGGCUGGGGUUUCGACAGAAUUGUUACUAGAGUCCAAGACUUCUUCGGCUCAUUGUUUGGAAAGAAGACCAAUAGGGACGAAGGCUAUGUGCCUUUAGCUACAUUAGAUCAUGCUGACGCAUGAGGGCUAACCUGAAUAUCAUGAGGUACGGCGUAAUGCGGUUUUGGUAUUUUCCCACAUUAGGUUUACGUGGGCAGCACAUAUCCUCUCUUUUUGUACAUAUGUCAUCAUACCUUAGAUAAGUACUUAUUAAAGAAUCAUAUGUAACCCAUUUUACGUGUUGUAUGCAAGUUUAUAU